AUGAAUACUUAUCUGGAUCAAAAAAAAAAAAAACUUGGCUCUCAAAAUUCUUCAGAAGAAUUAUCUGAGCUAUAUAAAGAUGGCUAUUGGGAAAUUGAUUCUGCAGAACUUGAAAGCUUCAAUAGGAGGCCAGCACAUGUUCUAUGGAAAUUCGAUUAUAGACCUAGUAAGCUGGUAAUUGAUUCUUUAUCGAUAAAACUACAAUUUGCAACGUUUGAUGAGAAAGCAUCAGUGAAAUGGAUGAUUCAAUUGCUACCCACUCGAUCCAACCCAGAUCCUGAUUGGCUAGCUCUAGUUAGUGACACUAAUGCGUUUUUGGCACAAGAACAUUAUAAAAUUUUGACGAAUAAUAAUCAUAAAGAUUUUACUGUCAAGAUCGAUUUGUUGGAUUGUGUUAGAGGUCAACAUGGAUUUAAGUUAAAAGCUUUGUUAUCAAGUAGCGGCAAAAAUGUUCAUUGUUGGCAACAAACUCAAAUAUUUAGACAAAAUAAGGAUAGUCCUUAUAAAAAUAAUAAAAAUAGUAUCUAUGGGUUAGUGGAUGAUGAUGAAUGUUUUGGAUUGGAUGUUAGAGUAGAAUUGAAACCACAAUUUGUUUGUGAGUUACCAUUAAAUAAUAUAACAUAUUCUUCGCCAGCUUCAACAAUAAACCAAUAUAUACUUGAUGAUGUAUCAACUAGUGAUUUUACUAUCGUUAUUGAUAACGAUUAUGAUGUUACUAUUUCAACAUCUGCGUCAAACGAAUCAUCAAAAAAUAAAUCAUUUCAUGUUCAUUCAAAAGUUUUGACUGAUAAUUCUGAAUACUUUAAAGCAUUGAUUAAUUCAUCAAUGAUCGAAUCACAGAAAGAACAAUGGAUUGAUUUAUUAUAUGCGGCAACAAGAUUUUUAAUUAAACCAUUGAUUCAACGAUGUGAAAAGGAACUUGGCAAUUUUGUUACCAUGGAAAACGUUGACGAAUUUGAACUUCUUGCUAACGAAUGUGGUUCAGAUCAAUUAUUAACUUAUUGUAAAUUACUUUUUCUUAAAUCACCAGACGAUGUUUAUCUUAAUGAUAAGCUUUCUUUUGAAACUAGUUAUUAUUUUUCUAAUAAUCAUUGUUAUGAUAGUUAUGACGAUGACAAUAAGUGUGACGAUGAUUAUUAUUCUGAUGAGCACUUUAUAUAUUGA